AUGUCUGUUGUUGAACUUGGAAAGGAUUACUCACAUGCAGAUCCAAUCUACAAAUUAACAUUCGCUGGCGAAACAUCUAUCAUCAUCACCAGUGCUGCUUUGACAACAGAGCUUUGCGAUGAGUCCCGGUUCCAUAAGCACAUCUUCUCAGCACUGGAUGUCAUUCGCGCUGGUACUCAUGACGGCCUGUUCACGGCCCGAGAUGAGGAGAAAAACUGGCACCUCGCCCAUCGAUUGCUGGUGCCAGCAUUUGGGCCUCUGAAAAUACGCGCCAUGUUUCCACAGAUGCACGAGAUUGCACAGCAACUGUGUUUAAAGUGGUCUCGGUAUGGCCCAACAACACCUCUAAAUUUGGCGGAUGAUUUCACUCGCGCUACUCUCGAUACCAUCGCGUUGUGUUCAAUGGGGUUUCGCUUCAACAGUUUCUAUUUUGACGGAAAUUUCCACCCAUUCGUCAAUAGUAUGGUCGGUUUCUUGAACGAAGCAGAGGCGCAAUCAACGUUUCCGUCCAUCGUGAAUCAACUUCGGUGGUCGGCGAAGAGAAAGUUCAAACACGAUAUUGACAAAAUGCGCAAAAUUUGUCAAGGUCUCAUUAACCAGAGAAAAGGCACACCGCCCAAUUCUCAUGGAGAUCUCCUGGAUGUGAUGCUCAAUACGAGAGAUACUGCUUCUGGCGAAGCCAUGACCCAUGAGUCAAUCAUUGACAACAUGGUCACAUUCCUGAUUGCUGGGCAUGAGACAACUUCUGGUCUUCUCGCAUUCACCAUGCAUUACCUGAUCACAUCCCCUGAAGAGAUGAAAAAGGCUGUUCAGGAAGUAGAUAAUGUCGUGGGCCAAGAAGAGCUUACCGUCGACCAUAUCUCGCAACUCAAAUAUCUUACUGCAAUUCUUCGCGAGAGCUUACGGUUGAUGCCAACUGCUCCAGCAUGGACGGUGACCCCAUACGUGAAGGAAGUCAUUGGGGGGAAAUGGGAGGUCAAUCCUGGAGACGCUCUCGUUGUGUUUUUACCUUCGGUUCAUCGUGAUUUUCAAGUUUACGGUCCUGAACCCAACGAGUUUCGGCCGGAGCGCAUGAAAGAUGAAAACUUCAAGAAGCUCCCACCCAAUUCAUGGAAACCUUUUGGAAAUGGCAAACGUGGUUGCAUUGGAAGGGCCUUUGCCUGGCAGGAAGCCUUAUUGAUCCUUGCUAUGAUAUUGCAGCGCUUUGAUUUUGACUUGGUCGACAAGAGCUAUACGCUGAAGAUCAAAGAGACUCUCACCAUGAAGCCCGAAAAUUUGAAUGUUUACGCUACUCCUCGAAAUGGCCAUGAAAAGUGGAUGUCAUCAUUUUCAGAAAAGGCCCAUCCCCCGGUCUCCAUCGGCACAGUCCAAAAUGGAAUUCAAACGCAGCUUGGCUCGUUUAAACCGGCAACGAUUUUAUAUGGUUCGAAUAGUGGGACCUGUGAGGCCCUCGCUCACCGUUUGGCUACACACCUUGCUUCUAGGAACGCGUUGCGCUCUCAGGUGAAGCCACUGGAUGACUUUGUUGGUCGCUUGCCCAGGAAUGAGCCUGUCAUCAUUGUGGCAUGUUCGUACGACGGAAGUCCUCCGAUGAAUGCAGUCAAAUUCUUGGAAUGGCUUGAGAAUGGGAAAGAGAACAGUCUGGAUGACAUCCGAUUUGCUGUUUUUGGUACCGGUCAUCGAGAUUGGGCCAGAACCUUCCACAAAAUUCCGAAUCUCAUCAACACUUUGAUGGAGACAUGUGGCGCUAAGCGGUUUGCCAAGCUAGGAACCGCAGACACAUCGGAAGAUGACCCUUUCGCGGAAUUGGAGAUGUGGGAAGAACAGUACCUUUGGCCGGGCCUAGAAUCCGAAUUUGAUCUUGCCAAGAUCGAUGAUCCGGAAGCGAAACAUGAAGUUCAUAUUCAAAUUGGAUUGCCGCAUCGUCCACGCUCUGACUAUGGAGCUGGCAUCGUUCGCAGUAAUCGGAUCUUGACGGCUGAAAAAGAGCCGAAGAAGAUUCACGUGGAAAUCGAACUACCUUCUGGCUUUGAAUAUCAGCCCGGUGAUCAUCUUCAAAUACUGCCGCUCAAUUCGCGCGAGAGCGUCCAGCGCGUCCUUUCUCGCUUCCAGCUGGGAUGGGAUGCCCUGCUCAACAUAGUCUCAGCCGGCGCGACAAAUCUUCCCACAGAGGGUGUGAUAUCCGCGGCAGAUCUUCUAAGUGGCUAUGUGGAGCUUGGACAGUUAGCAACACCAAUGAGUCUGAAUACACUCGCAGCAAAAGCCAGCGAUAACGAGUCUGCCGAUUUUCUCAGGCGUCUCGCCACAGAUGACUACCUUCUCGAGGUUCGAGAAAAGCGCCUAUCAAUGAUCGACAUUCUAGUAUCAUUUCCACUCAUUCCUCUGAAGUUCGAGGAGUAUCUUCAAAUGAUACCACCGCUGAGACCUCGCUUUUAUACCAUCUCAUCCUCCCCACAGACCAAAGCGGGAUAUGCUACAUUGACCAUCUCAGUUGUGGAUGGUUCUCCGUCAAUUGAGUCACGCCAACAUCGCGGAAUUGCUUCAAACUAUCUUCUGGAAACGACACCUGGCUCAAUUGUCCGACUAUCUUUAAAAAAAUCAAACCCACUGUUCCAUGUUCCGGCAGAUCCAUCCACAAGACCUAUCAUUAUGGUCACAGCUGGGUCUGGCCUGGCGCCUUUCCGUGCAUUCGUCCAGCAGCGAUCUAUUCAGAAACAUGCAGGUUUGAAGCUUGCACCGGCAAUCCUAUUCUUUGGUUGUAGAGAAUCUACAGCGGAUGACCUAUACCGAGAGGAGCUUGAUGGAUUUGAGGAAGAAGGUGUUGUGUCAAUUUACCGAUCAUACAGUAGGCAAAAGGAGCAGACAGAAGGCUGCCGCUAUGUCCAGGAGCGCCUUUGGCUUGAGAGAGCCAACGUCAUAAAUCUCUGGGAUCAAGGUGCGACUGUUUUCGUCUGUGGUGGCAUCCAUAUGACUGAGGAUGUUAAGUCAACCUUCUGUCAAAUUGUUUCCGAGUCUGAGCUACCUUCCUCGCGAUAUAUCGCUGAGGCAUUCACUUGA